AUGGCGAGUUCGUCGAGUGUACCAAGUGAUAUAUAUCCACAUAUUUACUCAUUUUUGUUGCAAAACAACCUGCUCAAAACUGCAAAAGCAUUUAAAGCGGAAACAGUAGUGGAUUUAUCUCAACCCCAUCAGGAAAGUGAUAUUCUUGAGUGGUUCAAGGCUUUCUUAAGAUCAAAUCCAGCUCCUUUGAAAAGAAAAUUAAAUGGAAUUAGUAAAGAACCAAAAUCCAAACGUCAAAAGACCCAGAAAUCAAGUUCAGAGUCAUCUAGUUCUGAAGAUUCAAGCUCUGAUGAAGAUGAACCUGUGAAAGCAGAUACUAAAACAAGUGAAAAACUUGAAAACAAACAGGCUAAGUCCCAAGAUGACAGUUCGACUGAAUCAAGCUCUGAUGAAGAUGGAGGAAAAAAUACAGUACCCGUAAAAGUUAAUGGUAAAGUUGCAAUCAAGAAAACAAAACCCAAAGAUAAAAGCUCAUCUGAAUCAAGUUCAGAGGAGGAAGGAGCAGCUAAGGAAACUUUUACAAAAGUGAAUGGAAAAAAAGUGAGUCAUAAGAAUAAACAAGAAGAUGAUAGUGCAUCUGAUUCAAGUUCAGAGGAAGAUGAAGCAGAACAAAAUGCAACCCCUGCAAAAUUAAAUGAAAAGAAAGAGAAUCAAAAGCGAAAACCCAAAGAUGAAAGCUCUUCUGAGUCCAUUUCAGAUGAAGAGGAAACAGGGAAAAAGGCAACUCCAACAAAAGUGAGAGGAAAAACAGCAAACCAGAAGAAAAAGCUAGAAGAUGAAAGCUCAUCUGAGUCAAGUUCCGAGGAAGAUGUAGUAGAGAAAAAGGCAACUCCAACAAAAGUGAGUGGAAAAACAGCAAGCCAGAGGAAAAAACAAGAAGGUGAAAGCUCAUCUGAGUCAAGUUCCGAUGAAGAAGGAACAGAGGAAAAGGCAAUUCCAUCAAAAGUCAAUGGAAAAAAAGCAAGCCAGAAGAGAAAACAAGAAGAUGAAAGCUCAUCUGAAUCAAGUUCUGAUGAAGAAGGAACAGAGAAAAAGGCAACUCCAUCAAAAGUCAGUGGAAAAAAAGCAAGCAAGAAGAGAAAACAAGAAGAUGAAAGCUCAUCUGAGUCAAGUUCAGAGGAAGAGGAAACAGGGAAAAAGGAAACUCCUACAAAAGUGAGUGAAAAAACAGCAAGCCAGAAGAAGAAACAAAAAGAUGAAAGCUCAUCUGAGUCAAGUUCAGAGGAAGAAGGAACAGAGAAAAGGGCAACUCCAACAAAAGUCAAUGGGAAAAAAGUAAGCCAGAAGAAAAAACAAGAAGAUGAAAGCUCAUCUGAGUCAAGUUCAGAGGAAGAAGAAACACGAAAAAAGAUACCUCCUACAAAAGUAAGAGGAAAGGAAGCAAACCAAAAGACAAAAGCUAGAGGUCAAAGCUCAUCUGACUCAAGUUCAGAGGAAGAAGAAACAGGAAAAAAAGCAACUCCAACAAAAGGGAGUGGAAAAACAGCAAACCAGAAAAAAAUUAAACCAAAAGAUGAUGUUAGUUCUUCUGAGUCAAGUUCAGAGGAAGAGGAAACAGGGAAAAUAGAUAAAUUACCAGUAAAUAACAAAAAUAACAAGAAAAAAGGAGACAGUUCUUCGCAAUCUAGUUCAGACGAUGAUGAAUCAGCUUACAAAAAUACAAAGUCAAAAAUGGACAAACAUGAGAAAAGCAAGCAGAAAGAAUCAUCAGAUGACAGUUCUAGCUCAGAUGAAAGUAUGGAUAUUUCGGUAGACACAUCAAAAGGAGCCAAGUCCACAAGUUCUUUUAGUGAAUCAUUGAAACAGGGAGACAACAUCGAUGAAAGGAUGGACACAGAUGAUGAAAGUUCAAGCUCAGCUGAAGAAGAAGAAAAGGCUAAGAAAGUUGACAACAUAAAAAGUGCUAAAAAACAACAAAGUGGAAAGGCUAAAUCUUCAGAUGAAAGUUCCAGUUCAGAUAAUGGAGAGGAAUCCUCAAAAGUUAAAAAUGUGAAAGGCACUCCAAAACAACAAAAUGGAAAGGCUAAAUCUUCAGAUGAAAGUUCCAGCUCAGAUGAUGAAGAGGAAUCUUCAAAAGUUAAAAAUGUGAAAGGCACUCCAAAACAACAAAAGGGAAAGGCUAAAUCUUCAGAUGAAAGUUCUAGUUCAGGUGAUGAAGAGGAAUCCUCAAAAGUUAAAAAUGUGAAAGGCAUUCCAAAAGAACAAAAUGGAAAGGCUAGAUCUUCAGAUGAAAGUUCCAGCUCAGAUGAAGCGGAGGAUACUUCGAUAGUUAAAAAUGUGAAAGGCACUCCAAAACAACAAAAUGGAAAGGUUAGAUCUUCAGAUGAAAGUUCCAGCUCAGAUGAUGAAGAGGAAUCCUUGAAAGUUAAAAAUGUGAAAGACACUCCAAAACAACAAAAGGGAAAGGCUAAAUCUUCAGAUGAAAGUUCCAGCUCAGACGAUUCUGAUGCGGGGGACAACAGUAAAUUGAAUGAAGCAGCCAAGUCCAAGAAGAGGAAAGCCAAAAAGGAAACAACUGGUGGACCACAAGCAUCUUCCACUCCAAUAGUUACAAAUUCCAAACAGAAAGGAGGAAGCAAGACAAAAACGCCUUUUAGAAGGGUAAGAGAAGAAGAAAUAGCAGUAGACCCCAGGCUACAAGAUAACAGUUUUGAGGCAAAGUAUGGUUCUAGAGGAGACUGGGGCGAAAAGGCCAACAGAGACCUCAAACAAGUGAAAGGCAAAUCCUUCAGACAUGAAAAAACCAAGAAGAAGAGGGGAAGUUAUCGUGGGGGACAAAUAAAUACUGGAAUUAACUCGAUCA